CUAUUCUUUUCUACACCGUUCGAUAAUACGUAACAGUGAAAAGGAUAGGAAAUGAAUCGACUCCAUUGAUGGAUAAUUACAAAGGCUCAAUAGUUGUCAAAUUCGCAGAAUACUCGCGAAUAAUUCGUUAUUAACCGAUUUAAAAGCAAGAAAUAUAAACUUAAAGGAUUAUUUUAGGUAGUGCGUGCAAUGGAAACUUAUUAGUGUAAAUUAGAGUUUCCAAAAAUGGCUUUUCUGGACCUUCCAACGCUGGUUAUUGAGAAUAUCUUUUCGUAUCUAACGUACGAUGAAAUCGCUAAGAACAGACUGGUGUCAAAAUCGUUCAACGAGAUAUGCAUGACUCUACUCAACCGAGGGUUCCUCAUGAUAGAGAGGAGACAUGCUCUCGCACUGAAGAGUGUGAAGGCGCAGCUGCCGCGACGGGAGUCGGAGCGCAGAUACCACCCCCUCGCGCGUCACUGCGACAUCCUUACAUCCAUCGAAACGCGGAUCUCAAUGCUCAAUAUGACAUACUCCAAGUUCAUUGAUAAUGGCCUAUGCUGCUUCAUACCGGGGAGGGUAAUAGACGAGAUUCGACGUGUCCUCCACAUAGUGGAGUCAUCUAAGCAGCCACCCCGAGCUCACGAGGUGCUACAAGAGCUGCGUGACAUAUCCAGCAUGGCUAUAGAGCAUUUUGAUGACAAGAUAUCACCGGCUUUCCGGAAGAGGCUGCAAGAGGGCGCGCAGGUGGCUGCAAGACCGACGCAUACGAUCGGAGAAGGUGGGACUUUUGGUGCCAUGGCCCCUCUGGCUGUGCACAGCGAGAUGGUCCAACUCCGGCAGAGGUCGCUGCUCACCGCCAAACUGUCGCUGUACCUCCGCGCGCAGUACAAGACGCUGUACAAACGGAUGGUGGACUACAAGCGGAUAGCGUGGAUGCAGAGCCGGUCCAUCCGAGAACUGACACGGAGACAGAAGGACCAAGAUGCUACUAUAGCUGAUCUGAAGAAGAGAAUAGAACAGGAACUGACUCACACCAACCAGGCGACCAGCAGCAAGGGAAUCGCUGCAGCUGCCGCUAGCAAUGAUGGCAGCAGUGGUCAGCCCUUACGACAUUUUGGCAGUCAAAUCAAGUUAGACCUGUCAGUGCUGCCGAUUGGGACUUCUAAAAGGAACAGCAAAUCACUACCAAACAUCAAACCGCGAAAACCUCUAAUCAAGUUGCCAUCCCUCUCCGACGAUGAGCCAUCCACGUCCACUCCUCGGAAGACACUCUCCAAAAUGAGAUGUACCACGGACGAGAUCAGAUACCUGAGUAACAUCUCCAAAAAGAGAACUAACCCUGGUGAUGAAGAAGUGGAAGCCAAGAAAAUGAAGAGGGAAUGAGAUAGAGGAUAUAGUGAGAAAGAGAUGGGAAAUUAGUGUUUAAGCCGGCCCUAGACGAGCAAUCUUAUUGCGCAAUACCAUGUAUUGCGUAAUAUCAUUGACUGUCCAGGGUUGAUAUUGAACACCGCGGGCCUUCAAUCUAAUUGUCAAAUAAACUGUUUAAUAAAAUUGA